AUCCUAUACUGCAGCCAUUACACAUCUAAAGUAGUUCAUGUUUGGCAGUGAAUAAGCGUUUUUGUUACUUAAAAAAAAAAGUGACAGGAGGUGCUGACUUCCUCAAUUGUCCUGACAGGAACAUUUGGUGGUACCUUUAUAACCACUGCGAUUUCUGAAAUGGGUACUGAAUUGGUUACAAUACCGGAAAUGACGGUCUCUCGGAAUGAAAUGGUUAAGGUAUAGUUUUUUUUUUUUUCUUUUACGUCGUCACAAAAUGGCUGAAUAAAAAAAUCGACCAAAUCAUUUAUCAGGUAUAAAAGGCUAAUUACAUUAUCUCAUUAUCAUGCAACCUCGUCAUCACUGCAAGCAUCUACUGGAUCAACUGAACAAACAGAGGCAGGAGGGGUUCCUGUGUGACUGCACCGUUGUGAUUGGCCAGUCUCUCUUCAGGGCACACAUGAAUGUACUGGCAGCAUUUAGUGAGUACUUUGGAUGUCAGAGUGGGAACCCAGAUGUGAAAAGUGUCACGUUUCUGGAUCCAACUCUGGUGAACGCCAGUGGGUUUCAGAAACUGUUGGAUUACAUGUACACUGGAAAUAUUAACAUUGAUGGUGAGGAUGCUAUUGAAAUCCACAAAGCAGCCACCUACCUCAAAAUAGAGGCAGUGGCAGCAAGAUGUAAACUAAAUGUUGAGUCUGGGAUAGCAGAUGUCAAACUGCUGUCUAAAGAAAUCCUGAGUGCUGUCGUGGAGCCGGAGAAGCAGGAUGUUGGCCUUUCCGAACCCAGUGACCUGAGGGAGUUAGCAGUUGUAUUUUUAAGUCAGGACCAAUCCCCUGCACAGCCUGAGAACCCAGAGUGUCUACAGGUGGAAGAUAAAGGAGCAAAAAAAGCUAGAAAACCCAGAAACAGACAUGGGACUAAAGUUCAGCAGAGGAGGAACUGCCAACCAAAAGAGAAGCAGACGCAAAAAAACAGUUCCUCCUUGUUGGCUGAAGCUUUCAGUGAUGCAAGCAACAAGACAACAGAACUCGCUGUUCAAAUUAUGCAGGGAGACGAGGAGCCAGAUUCUUUAUUAGGGAUGGACAGUGAAAGUCUUCCGGACCAAAAUGCAGUGAUUAAAAAAUUGGUGGUAAAGAAAGGAAAGUCCCGGAAGCUUUGUACUUUGAAGGAGAACUGUGCCUCGGAUCCGCUGAGCGAAGAUAAUGUUGACAGCUUGGAAAGCAGCGAGGCAGAAGGACUGUCUGAGAAGCAGCUGAAGAUGAAGCCGGUGUGUAACACCUGUGGGAAGGUGUUCUCUGAAGCCAGCAGCUUGCGGAGGCACAUGCGAAUACACAAAGGUGUAAAGCCCUACACCUGCCACCUGUGUGAUAAAGCAUUUACACAGUGCAACCAGCUGAAAACACAUGUCCGCACUCACACAGGGGAGAAGCCAUACCAGUGUGAUACGUGUGAUAAAGGCUUCGCUCAGAAAUGUCAGCUGGUUUUCCACAGUCGUAUGCAUCACGGGGAAGAGAAACCGUACAAAUGUGACAUCUGUGGCCUGCAAUUCGCCACGUCCAGUAACCUGAAAAUACAUUCCAGGAAGCACAGUGGAGAGAAGCCAUAUGUUUGUGAGCGGUGUGGGCAGCGCUUUGCUCAGGCCAGCACUCUCACAUACCACGUCCGCCGCCACACAGGAGAAAAGCCCUACAUCUGCGAUACGUGUGGUAAAGCGUUCGCCGUCUCCAGCUCUCUCAUCACACAUGCUCGAAAGCACACAGGAGAGAAGCCAUAUGCGUGUCGCACUUGUGGAAAACGUUUUAUUUCUUCAGGAGAGCUUAACAAGCACUGCAGGUCCCACACAGGUGAAAAGCCUUUUGUCUGUGAAUUGUGUGGAAACUCCUACACAGAUGUGAAGAAUCUAAAAAAGCAUAAAGCAAAGGCACAUGGUGUGGAAAGAAACCUGGACCCUAGUAUAAGCUCUGGAGCCUUAGCGGACACAGACACGUUAGAGAAAGUGUCUCUGCAGGACACAACCCAGCUAAAGCCUGCUGACAUCCCACUGUCCCUCACCCUGCCCAUGACCACAGAAGACCAGCAGAUGCUUCUGUCAGCAACUGACAACUCCUCCAUUUCCUCAGAGCAGUUGCUAAGGUCAGCAGUGACAGGCUAUUCUGAACCCCAGUUCAUCUUCUUACAGCAGCUCUAUUAACAGACACGUACAAGCAGAAACGAUCCACUCAGAAGUUAAUACAGUGUUAACAAGCACAGUAAUAGUUAUGUUAUGCAGACCAUUUGAAUUUACUGUUCCAGAAACAAGUCUGCAAGUAGUGGAAGAAUACCAUACACACCUUAAAAUAAAUUAGGGUUUAAGAAUAAAGUCGAUGGUUAAAGUAGAAUCGUGGAUUUCUCUUGAAAACCAGUCGCAUUGAUUAAAGUCUAUUGAGUUGAUUGGAGAAGUAGAUCAUGCAUUUAAAAUGUUAUCUGCUUAACAGUGUGAAGAAUAUUUUGGCUUAUACUGUAUAGUAUUCUGUGUACAUUCCAUAUGUUCAGGUAUGUGCACAGAGAUGAUGCUCUUUUGAUUUAUUUAUGUUAUUGUGGACUUCAGUACUAUGUGUUUAUUAUGCAGGUUUUAUUAUCAGAAGCUGAUCAUGUCAUUCCUACUGCAUAGAAGUCAAGUGAAGAUAAAAGUCGCUGGAGUCUUGACAUUUUUGUUAACUUUGUCAAAAGACACAUUUUCAGUGCAAGAAAAAAAGUUCUUAUGAAAUAAUUAAUAAAUUAAUUUGUCUGUGUUUCUUCUGUGUGCUACUGUUUUGAUGCACAGUUUUGAAGAAUCGGUUAACAUACUACCAGUUGUAAACCAUUAAAACAUUAAAAUGA